AUGGCCACUCACCUGAGCCAGUCGAAUCAAUCGAAGCUUGCUUCGCUUGGCCAAGUGAAGGAUGGAGGAGGAAGUUUAGGAGAAGAACAGCUAUUGUUAAAUAUUAAACAGUUGGAUCUCCUACAUGUGAAGUGCCGAGAGCUACGAACUACAAUUCAACGGAUGCUAGAGGCUAUACCCACUGGCUCUACUACUCCUGAGGAAGUCCACGAGAGCUUUAUGAAGUCGGUGCAUGCAGCGAGCGCUCAGAUCAAGGACUUCGAUGAAUUAUACAACAGCGAAGAGACUAAGAAGGUCAUGGACCAGGCGAAGAAGAGCCGCGAUGCAAAUCCUAAGGGAAUUAAGCCGUGGCGCGCAAAAGACCACCCCGACUGGUUGGACCAAGCUCGAUAG